ACGGUAUUAGUAGGCUGCUUCUAAGUGAAGAACCUGUUUACUUCUCCGACCGAUGGACACCAACAAGAGAAGUGAAUUGAUUCCUUUUGCCACGUGCCAUCAAUAAUUCAGCCUCUUCCUACACAUCCGCUAAUGUGCGGCUGCAUUCCUGCACAGCAGCUGUCACCGCUGCGCAAUAAGAAAGAGGCGCUACUGUCAGCCUUUUUUUUCAAUGACAUCACAGCCGAGUGCGAGUUUUCCAACAUGGCGUCCAGCCGGGUGCUGGAGAGGGAGGUCCAGGAGGGGCCGAGGCGCGCUGCCACCGCAAACAUCGACUUCUGCCUCCACAAAUACUCCCUGCUCAUCAUCAUCGGACGGACCGCUCCCCCUGGACACACGGGUCACAUCAGUGAGGCAAUAGAGCGAGGUAUCCGGUCCUGGGAUGUCGAUUUACAAUCGUGUAAUCUGAACCUCUUUCUCCGAGAGUUUCUGUCCCAUCAUACGGCGUCUUUCAAGGGUGCAGGGCAGAAGUGCCUCCGCCACAGUACCAGAGUGUUGGACACUCAGGUGCUGAUCAGUCCAACUCAAGACCAGGUUCACCCAGAGGUGUCGGCUCUGCUGUCCAGGGAUUCUGCACACAAGCUGCUGAUCUUGGCUGGCCAGAGUGUGGAGGAGAGUGGAGAGCUGCUGUUUCAUAGAGGGCUGUUUUCACCACAACUGCUGAAACAGAUACUAACCGAGCAGUUUAUAGCUCAAGAGGUUCCUGCCACCUCCUCCAAACUCCGUCUGACCCUCAGCUGUCCCAACAUCGGCCACUGGAGGAAGACUCUGUUGGAAAACCAGCUUCUGCAGGGUCCGUUCACACUGCACAUCAAUCCCCCAGAGGUGCUGCCUGCCAUGGAGGCGCUGGGGGAAUUCACCUCCCUCAUCUCUGGUACCGUCUCUCCUCCAUCUCCCUUCGACCUCCUGCCUCCUCCCAUCACUGUGGGUUUUCUCAAGCUGUCUCGCCCUUGCUGCUAUGUUUUCCCUGCCGGCCGCGGUGACUGCGCCUUCUUUGCUGUGAACGGCUUCACGGUGUUGAUGGACGGCGGCUCGGACUCCCAGGCCUGCUUCUGGAAGCUGGUACGCCACCUCGACAGAGUUGAUGCAGUCUUGUUGACGCACAUCGGGACGGAGAAUCUCCCGGGAGUCAACACCUUCCUGGAGAGAAAGGUGGCUGAGCUGGAGAUGAGCUGUGAUGUCAAAGAUGACUCGUCGAAGAAGCUCAUCUCCCCAGAGCUGGGAGUUGUAUUCUUUAACGCCCCCAGCAGGUUGCAGGUGGAGGAACAGCCUUGUGUUGACAAUGUACUGAGGAGCACACACCAGGCAGCCCUCACCCUACAGUUGUUGAAGAAGUUAGACAUCAGACCGCAUCCUCUGAUCCGACCACAAGGGGUCCCCAUUGAGCCACUCACACUGUUUCAAAAAAUGGGAGUGGGACAGUUGGACUUAUAUAUCCUCAACCCAGGCAAAAACAGUGAGGAGUACCAGACAUUCAUGCAAAACUGGCCUGCUGCAGUGUCAUCAGCAUCCAAAUCCCAAACUCUCCCUCUCCCCGCCCUGGCCUCAGUGUCUGCCCUGCUUGUGUGGCACCCAGCGUGUACACAGGAGAAGGUGGUCAGGGUGCUGUUCCCUGGUAUUACCCCGCAGGCGAAGCUACUGCAGGGGCUAGAGAAGCUGAAGGGGCUGUCAUUCCUCCAGAAACCCACUGUGACCACCGGGGAUCUGGAGAGGCUGGGAGAGGAAAGACAGACCAAGAGGACUGAGAGCCAGGACAGUGGGAGGUCACAAGGGAAGGAGUCGACACCCAAACAAGGAAAGGAUCGGGGAGGGAAAGAAGAGGGAAAGGAGGUAUUUGUACGGGAAAAAGGCAAAGUAUUUAAUGGACUUGCAACAAGAGACGCUGACAAAAGCAGAAUCAAAGAGGCCGGUGCGAAGCAAAGAGCAGCAGCAUCAGAGAAGAAUAGUUCAAAAAGGGUGGAGGGAGGGAUGGAAAAAAAGAGGAGAAGGCCGGCAAUAAAGAAGAGAACAGUGUUGUUAGGAAUGAUCACGGGAAAAAGGAUCUUGUCACUCCUAAACCAAAGACUGAAAAUAAAACUAAACUUAAAAAGGAAGCAAAGAAUGACUCUAAAACGGGGGCAAAGAAAACAAAAAAAACACCAGGAAAGGAUACAAACAAUGGCAAGAAGGCACAUGCAGACACUGAACUGUCAAAAAACAACUUCAAAACCCAAUGCUAGGACUGUGUCAGAAACCCCGGAGCCAGAUGCAGAGCAGCAGCAUCAAAAACACGAGAAAGAGCCUGAAGAGAACCCUUGUGGCUCCAAAUUGUCUUCCCCUGAGGAUAUGACAGCUGCUUUCCUCCAGCUCCGGGCGGAAAGUGAAAGGGAAGACGCAGAGGAAGGAAAUAAAAAAAUCAGCGAGUCAGGUAAUGGAAGGAUCGCUGGAGGUUUGAAGAAAGAGGUAGUUAAUGAAGCUGCUGAUACACGAGGGGAAGAAGCAGCAGGUUGUACAGGGCUGAUGGGAGGGGAGAGUGUUGAUAAUGGAGCACAAGAAAAGCGUUGCACUGGAGAGAAAGCUGAGCAAGACCAGUCUGGAAACUCGUCUAAGCCAGCAAAGGUUUUAGGAUUUCCCUCUCCCUUGAACAAAGCACCAAUGACAGAACAAACAGUCCAGCAAGAUAUAACCCCAACCGAAUACACUCUCCUGGAUGGGGCUUUGAGGAGCAGCCCUCCCUCCCGUUCGUCUCCAGAGAACAAGGCAGCUAACAGCCCUGAUGAGGAGACCGUAGAGCAAGCCUCCCCUGAUUCACGGCCCAACAGUGCAGGCCACACUCCCUACUGUCUGUCCCCGGCUGAUGUGUGGUGCAACAGGGCCACUCUCAGCCGGUUACAGGCCCAGGGGGACUUAGACGCAGCUGAUGUCAACCAGCCAAAUGGAUCAUCCAAGCAUUGUGAGGAGCAGCCUAAAACGGUCACAGAGAGCAACUCAAACCCCAGAGAGAAGCACCUGAGCUUCCUUUCUUUGGGUUCAUUUAAAGACGGAUCCUCAGACCCCUCUCCCUCUUUCACUACCACAACCACCACACACUCCAUGCCCGCAGAGGUGAGCUCACCUCAGUCCACAGAAGUCGACGAAUCACUGUCAAUGUCCCUGGAGCAGGGACCAAUCUAUGUGAGCCAGAGAGACGGGGAUGACAGUGUUCAGCACUCCAACUCCAAUAGCAGCCAUUGCGCAGGGAUGUCUCUUCCAACUAAAAAGGCUCCAAGGUCUUUAGGGCAGGGUUCAGAUAUGGGACGCCCUCCAGCUCCGAACACGCUUCAUUUUGACGCGUCAGCUCACGAUGUGGAUCUGUGUCUGGUUUCCCCCUGCGAGUUCAAGCAUUUCAAAGCACCCGACUCCAGCUCAGGUGGGAGUGAGCCCUUCAGAGGAGCCUUUCAUCACAGCCACAAUAACAACAACCCAAAGGAAGCAUCCCCCAGCGAGUCAAACGCCCCUGUCAUCACCGAGGACUGUCCGUCCACCACAGCAGAUGGCGCUCUGGACUCAGAUGAGGACGAGUCUUGCAGUGAGCCGUCUAACUCCCCACACGACCUCCGCACAAGUCGGGCUCUGCCUCAGGACCCGCCUCCAGCCCCUCUAAGGGAUAGUCCCCCCCUACCGCCACACCCUGACGCCUCCAUGCCCGUUCCUCAGUCUGACUCUGAUGCUAACGGGAAGAGGGCAAAGGGGGCCGGCAUGCGAGGGAAAAAAACGCCAGCGCAGGUUAUUGAAGCUUCCCAAAGAUCAGGCUCGGGUAAAGGCAGGACAGGGAGUCAAAGUGGAGUGGCAAAGGUCUCCUUGACUCGCACCCCUUCCUCUAGCAACCGUUCAGCACCAGCAAAGUCCGCAGCCAAUCCAGGCUCCAAAACGGCCUCUAAUGGAGAAGUCAGUGUGUACGUGGACUUGGCCUACAUUCCCUCUGGAUCCUCCUCUUCAACAGUCAGUGUGGACUUCUUCAGGUGUGUUCGCUCCUCCUGCUACAUCAUCAGCGGUGACAGUCCAGAGAGAGAGGAGCUACUGAGGAACACGCUGGACGCACUACUGGAUGGCAAAAGAUCCUGGCCUGACACCAUGCAGGUGACUGUGAUCCCGACCUAUGAGUGUGCGAUGCAGGAGUGGUACCAGCAGACCCUGGAUAGACAAAGGGAGCUGGGCAUCACCGUGCUUGGAUCCAAUAGCACUGUCGCCAUGCAGGAUGAGACCUUCCCUGCCUGCAAGAUAGAGUUUUGAAGAAGACUUGGUCAUGCAGCAACAGGUGAUGCAUUUGAGCUCAAGGUCGGGCGUGUGUUUGUAAGAUAGAAAAGUAGGCUAAACGAGCGACAGAAAUCUGAAGUAAAAAACAUGGUUUGUGGCUACAUAAAGAGCAUGGAUUGGCCCCUCGUGCACGAACACAACUGAUUGGGUGAUGACACCCCAGCUUCUUCUGAAUCGCUUCUCUUUUUGGGCAACGUUUGCACCCAAACGAGUAAUUUCUCUCCAUCCUUGGAGAACUGUUCCUGUGGGGAGUGUUGCUUUUUUUUUCUCUCUCUCUACCCAUGACCCUGUGCAAAACAGGAGAGGAAAUCACACUGGCUGCUAGAGAUGCAUGUCGGGCUGCAAACAUGUGGAUCCACAUGAAAGCUGUAGAUUAGUCACUUAAGUUAGCAUACAUGGGGUUAAAAGGGACAAUGUGUCAGCUUGUCCUCUGUAUACUAAGUAGUAGUUUUUGCUUGGUUAAAAGCUUUUAGUGCAUUUUUUUCUUUCACUUAAAUCAACCUGCUCCAGACAGCAUCUGUCGUGUUUUAUUUGUAAAUGAAUGCAGGAGAAUCAAAAGAAAGUCUUACAUUGUGAUUGUAACCAGUGGUGUAGUGCAAGGGUAUACCCAGGUAUAUGGAGUAUACCCACUUGUUUUUCAGUCUCCAUAGGGUAUACCCACUUCUAAAUACCCUCUGAUUCACACCAUUGAUUGAUUGAGUGACAGUAUUCAGUAGUAUGCUGCAAUUACUGUCCUAUACUGGUGAAGGGAUGACCCUCCCUACUCUGUCUCCAAUUGGCAAGUAUACACUGACUUAGAGGAGUCUUACAUGUCACUGUUGCUGGACUGGCCAUUCAAAUAAAACAUUGUGGUAAAUUAAAGAGUAUACCAACUUCUCCAGGCACCACUUUCUGUAAGGGAAACACAGCGUGUGGUCAGGUGUGGGUUUUUAGCACUGUAAGCAAUCGAGCUGUGCUGUUUGUUGUACCUGCGUCACUGCAACCUCACUUUUGACCACCAGAUUGAAAGGACGUGGAGUUGUAAAAAAAAAAAUCAGAGUGGAUUGGACAAAUCUGAUGAUAGUGAGUGAUUAUCGCCCACUUGAUUUGAGAUUACUCAAUCUGGGUGUGCAAAGAUAAAUCCUUCAACAAGGAUUAGAAGAGAACCAGAUUAAAUGUAAUAGCAUUAACGCGCUCAUCUUAUUAAAAAUGGUAAUUAAUUAUAAUCCAUUACAGCUGCUUAAAAUCAUCAGGAAUGAGACAGUAAACGCUUUGGUAUGCAUUUUUAUCUUACUAUAAAUACGUGAUGAUAUGUAUUUGGAUUGUGGAUAUGGUCAUACGGUUUAUUUUACAUGAAUAUUUUGCACUGCAGAAACACUUGGUGUAGUCACAGUGGGUGGUAACCACAGCUUCAAAGUAUGUAAAUACUAAAUACAGAUCAUUUCAGGAUUAGAUUCUAUUCCUUAUUGGAAACUAUCAAAGCUGACACUUAAUGAUUCUAUACUGAUUUGCUGUAAUUGACGAACACACUGUAAAUUGAAUGGGUCCAUAUUUUCUUAGAAAGCUGCCUGAAAUUUAAAGUAUAAUCUUGAACUAGUUAAAGGGACAAUAAAUGCAACGUGCAAGUCAAAAUUCCCUUCCAUGUUUUUGCAUAAAAGAUUACAAGAAGACAUAUAGACCUAAGAGUUGUUUUUAAAGAAAUGACAAAUGAAUAAUUUGAUUCUGCUUAAAUGCUGCCGCUCCUUCUAGGACAUUGUUCUGGAAAUAUAUCACUGCAUAUAUAUCACGACACAAACAACACAAUAUCAUGAAAUUAAAUGAUUAGGAAAUUACAGAAGCAGAAAAGAAAAGCAGAUUCAUGAUGGAUGACAUUGUUUUCUCUCCAGACAUCCAUAGUUUUCCUUUUAAUUCAUUGUGUCCUGUUUGAAUGUCUUUACAAUCCAGAGGGAUGUAAAGAAAUCAGGAAUAAUCCUCUUUGUUACUUUUCAAUGUCAUGGAAAGUUCUCACAGAUGUGAAUGUUUUUUUGUUUUUUUUUAACACCAUAGCAUGACAUACCAAACACACCACUAAGCAUUGUCCUGCCUGUCUGAAUGCUGCCUCCAAAGUAUAUUUAUGCAACUAUUACAUGUUUUAUUUGUGAAAAUCCUUUGUAUUUAUUUAUUAUUACUUUCACAUUAUGUUCAUUACAACCCUCCAAACUCUCUCCUACAUGUGACACAGUUUCUGAAAAAGGCAGGCAGGUUAAAUGAAAUAUUGAGAUUUGAGUUAGAAUGGAUAACCGGAACUUGAACUCCACUGUAGCGAAGUGAACUGUAACUAUCUGUACGUGUCUGCAUGUAUUAACUAUUGUAUGUACUGUUUGAUGUUUCAUUCAUGAUAUUCAUGAAGACAGAGAGCAAAGCACUAUGGGAGAGCAGAAUGGUGGGAUGAAAAACGAGGGUUGAAGGUUGACAACCUUUCACUUUGUAAUUGUGUGUAGUCGAACACAGUAACAAUGUCAAUGUAUGUGGAUUUUGGGGGGGUGGGCUGGGAUGAUGAAUAAAGAAUGUGCAUCACCA